GUAAAUUGUCUGUUUUGCAUGGCAGGAGGAAGCGCGGAAAAAUCUGACAAGGGAGAGGAUAGCGCUGACUAUGAAGCCUACAUGCCUAAUAUCCCGAAGAGAGCGCAUCCAUUCAACCUGAGAAACGAAACGACAAUUGCUCUCAAACUCUGGAAGGCUGACAGGGAGUCUUCGCUCUAUAUCAGGGAGAGGUCAAAGACGUUCAUGGAUAGGCUGAAACAGAAAAUGUUGGGCUCCGAGGAGGCGCAGAGGAAGAGGAAACAGAAGAAGUCGCGAUCCCGAUCGAGGAAGAGGUCUAAUACCGACAAGAAGAAAAACAAGUCGAGCUCGGGGGCCUGA